ACUUAAUCUUGAAGGAAGCACAACAUCUUGUGAGAUUUCAUAGAAUAGUAAUUUUCGUGUGAAGUUAUUGACGUGUGUGACGAGUCACAGGGUGUUAAUAAGUGCCAUACCAAAAAGAGUAAAUUUUAAUAAACAAUCGAAAUGGGUAGCACGGAUAAAGCUGUGAUCACGGGAUUUAUAUGCAGACUUUGCAGUAAGAUGAACCGUUUCGUGAUCCACAUAUACGGUGAAGAGGGUGAGAGAAUGAAGCUCGCUGAAAAAAUAAAUGCUUAUCUUCCAAUUACGGUAAACGUGAAUGAUCCAUUACCUAAAACGGCAUGUCUACAUUGUAUUGAACGGCUAGAAGCUCAUCAUGAAUUAAUGGAACAAUUUUUGUUAGCUAAGCGAAGGUUAACUACCCAGAAUAAAUCAUCAACAGUUGCAUCAACCUCCACACAAACUGUUGAUACUGCACCAACAUCUAGCCCACCUCCAUGUUGA